AUGAGAAGAGUUGAGAGAUUUGAAAAUGACUUGCUCAAAUUUAUUGAGUUAAAACAAAAAGAUUAAACGAAAUAAAGAAGAUUUAACUCUUAAUUACCUUCUCUCUAGCUUAGUCGUGUUACGAUAGGAAUGACUGACAUUGAAGAAACUCCUUAUGUCUUCAAAAAGCUUCGAUAACGUAAUCAAAAUAAUCUAACCCCAAUUUCCACUUUAAAACCUUACGUUCGUCCUAAUUAUACUUAAAGAAUUAAAACUAAAAUUCUACUUCAAAAAUUUCAGGCUUUAAAAAAGAUAGGAAGCUCUUCAUUUCGAUGA